GCAUCGUCGAGCGGAGCGGCCUCGAGACGGCGCCGCUCGGCGUGCCCGGUGUAGGGACGGUCGUCGGCGUGCCCGUCGACGUGAAGUGCGGCAAGGGCGACCGCGUCCGGUUCAAGUCCGGCGUGCUCGAGUUCAACAAGAAGAUUAAGAUUCUGCUUGAAGCUGCAAUGAUGAAUACAUUGUAGCAAAAUGGAAAUAAAAGAUUAUAUUUGGGCUGUUUCUUUGUUAGUUCAUUGUUUGAACCUGAUCAAGGAGUGUGCUGUUCAAUUAGAAACUAGGUGUUUUAAAACUUUGGUUGAAUUUGCAUUGUCUAUAGAUUGAUAUCUUCAGCCCUCAGCGCUGAAUCUCAUUUCGUUCUUCUAAGAUGAAGAAACUGAUUGCACGAGAGUUGCUUUCUAAUCCAGAAUUCAGAUGCCAAAUUAGUACAUCCAAGUUGGACAAAAUUGCAAAAUUAACAAGUUGUAAGAUUUAGGUUCGGUGAAUACAAUGACACUGAGAGAGAAAAAAAUCGUUCGAAUGUGUUGACUAGACUUGGGCGAUUCUACGUUAUAUCGCGUGCAGAACCACUCAUCAAAGUACCUUCAGCACUUUGGAGGGAGAAUAAACAUUUAUUCUUAUUUCGGUGUACUGUCGGUGUCUAGUAUGCUGCAUUUCAGUGAAAUAGUACCAAACAGAUAGAGAGAAAAUAUCCAGAUAAAAGAAAACAGUCAAAUGUAUCUUUUUUUCUUAAUGCAAUACAUUUAGACGAGUUUGUGAAUUGGAAUCAAAUUUAGUGUAAAUUGGUAGUUCUCCAUAUAAACUACAGCCCGUCGAGUUGGACACUGUCUCGUUUGACUUUGACCUCUUCAUCUUCCCAAUUGAGUACACGUAAUUUUUACCUGUAGUAAAAAAUUUACGGAUCUCGAGGCAUGGUGUGCAGAUGUCGGAGCUGUUCAGCCAGCGGAGCUCGGUGGAGGGGAAGAUCCCGUCGGGGCUGUUCAACGCGUCCUUCGACCUGGACAGUGGCUCCUGGGCACAGGACGCGCCCGCCACGAAAUGUCUCGCCAUGGACGGCUACUUCAUCUCCCUCUUCGACCUCCGCCUCGACCGCCGCCCGCUCGCGCUCGCCGACCAUGUCCUCAGGGACGUGCCAGCGGCAUGGGACCCCUCGGCCAUCGCAAGGUUCAUCGAGAAGUACGGGACGCAUGUGAUCGUAGGGCUCAGCAUGGGCGGGCAGGACGUGGUGUGCGUGAAGCAGGACAGGUCGUCGCCGCUGUCGCCGUCAGAGAUCAAGGAGCAUCUGGACAGGCUCGGCGACCAGCUCUUCACCGGGGCAUGCCCGGUGCCUCCGCUGCACUGCAAGUCCAAAGACAAGUUCAAGAUACCAGAGGCCUUCAAUGUGUUCGACGCCCAGGUAGCACAGCAACGGCUUCAAGCAGGGAUCACCACCCUGGUAUCUUCCAAAGAGGGCGUGACGGUGAUAUACUCCAAGAGGGGAGGGGACACGACGGUGGGCAGCCACUCGGAGUGGCUCCUCACCGUGCCGGCGACGCCUGACGUGAUCAACGUCAAGGCCGUGCCCAUCACCUCCCUCAUCAGGGGCGUGGCUGGCGCCGGUUACCUCUCCCACGCCAUCAACCUCUAUCUCAGAUAUAAGCCUCCUGUAGCUGACCUGAAGUACUUCCUGGAUUUCCAGCAUCACAAGAUGUGGGCUCCGGUGCUCGGCGAGCUGCCUCUCGGCCCGUGCUCGCACCGGCAGGGCACCAGCCCGGCGUUGCAUUUCAGCCUGCUGGGUUCCAAGCUCUAUGUCAGCUCAAGUGAGGUGAUAGUUCCCACGUUGCCGGUCACUGGGAUGCGACUGCACCUGGAGGGCAAGAAAAACAACCGCCGUCCACCUGCAGCACCUGUCGGCCACCCCGACGUUCAUCGCGGCGCGGGCCGACAAGCCGCCGGUGUGGCGAGGGUCGGAGGCGGCCUCCGACGACCGGUACUACGAGCCGGUCCAGUGGCGGUGGCGGAUGUUCGCGCGCGUCUGCACCGCGCCGGUCAAGUACGAACCCCGGUGGUGCGGCGACCGCCGGGCGGCCUGCAUCGUGACCGGCGCGCAGCUCCACGUCGCGGCGCACGACUCCACCGACGUGCUCCACCUCAGGCUGCUCUACUCCGAGCUCCCCGGCUGCGCCGUCGUGCAGUCCAGGUGGGCGCGCGGCACGACGAGGCUGUCGGGGAAGUCCAGCUUCCUGUCCGUGUCCUCCGCUGGGUCUUCCGGUGGAGGAGGUGGCACUCAGAAGGACAGGCAGCGGCCAGGUUCGCCAGCGGGCGUCAACAUCGACUCCGGUGUGCUCGCCGGCGGGCCUCCGGUGCCUGUCGCGGCGCAGAAGAUGCUCAGGUUCGUGGACACCUCGCAGGUGACCAUGGGGCCGCAGGACAGCCCAGGGUACUGGCUCAUCACCGGUGCGAGGCUCGACGUCGACAAGGGGAGGAUCUCGCUGCACGUAAAGUUCUCCCUGCUUACCCCGGUUUCUUGACAACCUGUUGAUUCAUCCAGAGUUUUACAGUUUUCUGCUGCUCAAAACUAACCACUGUAAGAACACACCUCACAUCUUGUAUGUUUUUCCCCCACAACCAUUCAUUUAUGUUCUGUUUCGGUACGAGUCCUGUGAAUGUUACUGUUAAGUUAGUGCAAAUUAAUAUUAAAAACCAGAUGUAUCAUUUUA